UUAAUUUUCAAUUUUCCAAAAACUUUUGAAAUUUUUAACGCAUAAAUCGAUAUCUUGUAGAAGAUUAGCAGCCUCUUCUCUCUUCUCCAAUCCUACGUGGACGGGGUUUCCAUAUCUUAGCCGGUCGGCGACGUGAAUAACACCGCCGGAAAUUUUCUUAUCAAUUCAAUAAAAGGUCAGUAUCUCAAGAUGUUCUCAUUGAGUGCAAGUGUGGUUCCUAGCUCCACCUCCCAACUAGUUAGGUCAGAAGUACCAAAAGUUGGUCUUUGUUCAUUGCCACUCAGGCCACUUACCACACAACCUGCAACACUUGGAGGACGCAUUCAGAUUUCGCCAAUGAAAUCUGCUGCUUUUAUCUGUGCUGCAGCUUUGAAUGCCAGGAUGGGUGCAGAGCAGACUCAAACGGUCACACGUCAGUCAUCAACAAUCACCAUUGCUCCUGUUCAAGGGAAAGAGAAGUCUCCAGACCUUGAUGAUGGAGGUACUGGACUACCACCACGUGAUGAUGAUGGAGGCGGCGGUGGUGGUGGUGGUGGAGGUGGGUGGUCAUCUGGCGGGUUCUUCUUUUUCGGGUUUCUUGCAUUUCUAGGGUUUUUGAAUGAUCAAGAUAAAGAGGGGACAUACAGGGAUGACAGGUGAACUAAUGACAGAUUCUUUCAGGAUAAUUGAGGAUGAAACUAGUAUCCGGUGGUUGUUAAAACAAAAGGUAGGUUAAAACUGUGGUAAUUCUGUUUUGAAGUUCAAGGAACCUAGUGAUAAAUUUGAAUAUUUUACCUUUGCAGUUUUGGACUGGCAUUAUGUUCUGUUUGGUUGGUUGUAAUAAAAGUUAAACAUGGAGGGAGUAUUUUAAUGAUAAUCUUGUUAUUACGUUACUU